AGCAGGGACACAAGUGGGCAUGGUGGAAGACAUGAAGGAGCCAAUAGAAACCUGUCUUGAAUAUCUUUGAAUUUAGACUUUGGGGGAUAAUAAGAGCUGCACUGAACUCAGUUGAAUACAGUUUGACAAAGCUGACCAUAUCACAGGCCUAUAGAAGUGCCAAGUUUUGUUUUUUCUUCACAGGCCGACCUCCGUGUUUUUCCUCAGAAUUAUUCACAUAACUAGAGACUUACCUUGACCCAGACCGGUUCCUUUAAAAUGCUGCUUGCCAUCACAGAGGAAUAGAAGAGUACUUUGGACUACUUUAUGCAGAGAAUUUAUAGACUGUGCCAGAAAGAGAGAGCUUUGUAACCACCUGGAGCCAUGGCACCUGUCGUUGGAGGUCCUGUGGGAUACACCCCUCCUGAAGGUGGCUGGGGUUGGGCCGUAGUGUUUGGAGCCUUCAUUUCUAUCGGUUUCUCCUACGCCUUCCCAAAGUCCAUCACUGUGUUCUUCAAGGAAAUUGAAGUGAUCUUCAACGCCAACAGCAGUCAAGUGUCCUGGAUCUCUUCCAUCAUGCUUGCUGUUAUGUAUGGAGCGGGUCCUGUCAGCAGUAUCCUGGUCAAUAAGUAUGGAAGUCGGCCUAUUAUGAUUUUAGGAGGCUGCCUCUCAGGAGCAGGGCUCAUCGGUGCCUCUUUCUGCAAUACUAUCGAAGGCUUGUACUUCUGUAUCGGUGUAGUGGGAGGUCUGGGACUGGCAUUUAAUCUCAACCCAGCUCUCACAAUGAUUGGGAAAUAUUUCUACAAGAGGCGCCCAAUAGCUAAUGGUAUCGCUAUGGCUGGUAGCCCAGUCUUUUUGUCUACUCUGGCUCCCCUGAACACCUGGUUCUACGAACAAUUCGGCUGGAGAGGGAGCUUCUUGAUCCUGGGUGGACUUCUGCUGAAUUGUUGUGUAGCUGGAUCACUGAUGAGGCCCAUUGGGCCAAAACCCAAACCUGCUGUUAAAGCUGCUAACAGUAAUAGUGAAGCCAGACAGAAAAAGAGUGUGACAGAGAUUAUCAAUGGUUUUAUCGAUCUUACACUCUUCAGGCAUCGUGGCUUCUUGCUUUACCUUCUGGGUAACGUGGUCAUGUUCUUCGGCCUCUUCACUCCUCUUGUGUUCCUCAGUAAUUACGCCAAGAGUAAGGACAUUCCCAAAGAGAAGGCGGCUUUUCUGCUUUCUGUCCUGGCUUUUGUAGAUAUGGUUGCACGACCUUCAAUGGGAAUAGUCGCCAACAUGAAAUGGGUGAGACCAAGAGUGCAGUAUUUCUUUGCAGGAUCCAUUCUCCUUAAUGGUGUGUGCCACCUGCUUGCCCCUCUGUCCACAGACUACACAGGGUUCGUGAUUUACGCAAUGUUCUUUGGGUUUGCCUACGGCUGGCUGAGCUCUGUGCUGUUUGAGACCCUCAUGGAUCUUGUGGGAUCUCAACGUUUUUCCAGUGCUGUAGGACUGGUGACGAUUGUGGAAUGUGGGCCAGUUUUACUGGGGCCACCUUUACUAGGAAAGUUCAAUGACAUCUACCACGACUACAAGUAUACAUACAUGGCCUGUGGAAUUGCCCUUCUGAUUGGCAGUUUGUUUCUGUUCAUCGGAAUGGGCAUCAACUACAGGUUACUGGAUAAAGAAGCAAAAGAGGAAUCCAAGAGAGCCAAUCAGGAACCUGGCAAAGAGGUUGCAGAGGCACUGAAAAUACCCGAUGACAAUACUGCAGAGGAUGCUGUGUGACCAUAGCUGAUCCUGGUUUCAUUCUCAGAGAUUCUUACAUUUCUGCGCUCUCUUCAUCAAGGAUCUGAUUACAAACAUCCAUCUUGGACUAUUCUGGUUACUGAGGCAAUGAUGCAAAACUUGCAGUGCCUUGCAUGAGCACAUGCAUGCAAUAGAUAUUUUAGAACUAUUAUUAUGUUUUUUUUAGGGCUGUCAAAUGAUUAAUCACGAUUAAUCACAUCCAAAAUAAAAGUUUUGUUUACAUAA